AAGCGGAAGUGUCGGUCAGCUGACGUACUCACGUGAUCUGUAGCGUCUGUCAGUGAAGCGGAGUUAUUUUCUCCUUUUCUCGGUUAAAUCUUAAUAUUUGAAACUCUGUGAUGGCCGGCCGCGGGAAGUUGAUCGCCGUUAUCGGUGAUGAGGACACGUGCACCGGCUUCCUGCUCGGUGGGAUCGGUGAGCUCAACAAGAACCGAAAACCGAAUUUCUUGGUGGUGGAGAAGGACACGAGCAUCACGGAGAUCGAAGAGACCUUCAAGAGCUUCUUGGCGCGUAACGACAUCGGCAUCAUCCUGAUUAACCAGUUUAUCGCCGAGAUGAUCCGUCACGCCAUCGACGGCCACAUGCAGUCGAUCCCGGCCGUGCUGGAGAUCCCGUCCAAAGAGCAUCCGUACGACGCGUCCAAGGACUCCAUCCUGCGCCGGGCCAAGGGCAUGUUCUCCGCCGAGGACUUCCGAUAAUCGACUAUCUGUCCGAACACAAACACAUUCUGUUUACACACCGUGUGAUUAAUAUAAAUGUCCCUGACUUAUUGUUCACUGUACAGUGACGGUAGAUUAACCGCGCUACAUUAUCUCUGCCUCUUGGACACAAAUCCGUGUGUAAAAACAUUUUGCUUCAGUUUUCAGUAAAGGCAGAACAGUUUUAUUUUCAGGAAGUGGAAGAUGUUUCAGUUCUCAUGUGACUGAGUCUCAUUCUGUUGUUUUUAGACACAAACUCAGCUGAUAAAUGUAAAGUUUUCCUUCCUCUCAGCUGAAAAUAUGUUGUGAUGUCUUAAUGUUUUGUUUUUGUCUGUCAGUGUUUGUUCCAGAGGCUUUAACUUAUAAAACUGUCAGAUGUUAAAGAAAAUAAAGGAUCUUGUCGGUUGUGA